AUGCCACUGUCUCGGUUCUCCGUCCCGGCGGCUAGUCGCACGGCAGAUCAGAUGGCUCGCUGCCAUCAGGCUUGGCUGAACCUGGCCGGGGGGAUGACGGUUUGUUUUCUGAUAGUCACAAUUUCUUGUUUAUAUCUCGAGAGCUCUGCCCUUCCGUUGCGGUCACGCGCGAAAAAUGAUGUCUUCGGGGGCUUGGAGGCAUCGGCGCACAGAACCCAGCCGCGGGCAGGGGGGGCAACCCAUCUUCCACAACGGGGAACAACAUCGCAUUUCCAUUCCCGUGGAAAGCCUUCCUGGCGAAACCAUGGAUAUGCUUCCUGGAGUAACAACUACACGCUGCUGACUGAGGAGACAGCCAUCGGUAGCCAGCACCUAGCAAGGCCGACGGGGCUGUCUCUGAUUGAGAAUCCCGGUGAUAUCCACGAUGAGGGAGACGCUGUUGCAGGUGCCCGGGAAGAGAGGGAUGUCGAUGCUCAUUUACACCCUGAAGAUGGUGCUCCUUUCGAUCGACUUGCUUUGCAGGGGGAAGGUCCCCUUAACAGACACCCACAGGCGCAGACAGGACCAGCAAGGUCAGGACUGCGCACAAGAAUCAAACAGAAUGUCGGACGACUCUGGAGGGUAGGCAAACGCGCACUGCAAAAAUUGGGUCAGCGUGCAAAACAGAGGAUAGGGGAGUUUGUCGCAAGACACGUGAGGCCCCGAUUGGCACGCCUUAGGUUUUGGGACGCGGGCCGCCCACCGGUAGUUCCACCGUUGAAAGGCAACGAACCGGGGCAAGCUGAUGUCGCCCUGGUGGCGGCAAGGAUGCAAGCUGGUGUGCGUCAGAAGGCUUUUAGGGAGAAAAACCUGACAGAAGCCGAGAAAAUAAUCGGAUCGUACCUGAUAAGCUCCGCAGAAAAGACUUGGUUUUCCACUGUUCCGGGGGGCCGACCUAUCGUGUUGAUCAAACGCGGCUUCAUUGGCGGUGGAGGCUUCGGUCUUGUGUACCAUGUUGAGCAUCCUGGCACCAGGCAGGCAUAUGCUCUUAAGGCAUUUAUUCGAGACGAUCGCUCCGGUAUGCCACUGGAAGGCUUGUCCGCUAGCAUUGAGGAAGAAUUCGAUGUCACCAAUGGUUUCCCCCCCGAGUGGACACCUCUGCGCAUCUAUUCGGAACUCCGAUUUAUGGUGCCAAUUCUGAAGCUCAGAGUUCAGGGGAAACCCGAUUUUCAGGAUGUACGGAGGCAUUUCCGCGUAGCCAGCACUUGCGCUCUAUUCCCGAAAGCGCAAGGGGACUUGGGCGAACUGGUUCGUUUACUGAAAGAUGUGGACAGCGACACUGCUUUCCGCGUUCGUAUGAGUUCUACGAUUCAGAUGGUCAAGCUGCUUGCACGAUUCCACUCGUUCGGACUUGUUCAUGGCGAUGUGAAACUGCAGAAUUUUCUUGUGGAACAAUCCGGAUUGCUUCUGCUUUCCGAUUUCACUAAAAUUAUCAGAGGGAAUAGCAACUACUUUCCACCUGUGGUAACGGCAGCUUAUAUGUCCCCAGAAAUGGCGACCUGCUUGGUCAAUCGUCUGCGGGAUGAUAUUGCUUACACGUCUCGCACAGACUCAUGGAUGCUAGGAAUAUCCGUGUACAAGCUGUGGUGUGGUGCCUAUCCCUUCGGAAUAAAGGCGUCGUCCCGUCUGACAGAGGUGGCCGGAAUUCUACUCAGGGUUCAUACUUCUCUUCCUGACUUCAGCCGCUGUCAUCACAUCCCGAGGCAGUUUCGCGAUAUGGUAAGGGGAUUUCUACGCAAAUCGUCUGUUCUUCGACUUGAUCCGCAGCAGGCCCUGGAAGAUAUUCCGUUACUCCAGUGGACAGGAUGA